AUGCGUAUAGAAGAAUGGGAACGGCUAAGGAAGGAGUUUUUGGAGCCCUUGACGGAGUAUAGUCGUCAACGCAUGCGUCUUUAUCUCAAUCAAAUGCCCUGUGUGAUCAAGAAGUAUUUGGAGGAGGUGAAAGCAGGCGGCAGCAUCAUAAAGUCGGAUACAUUGCUUCCACAUUAUAUCAUAAGAUAUGUAAAAGAUAAGGAUGUUGGGGAAGCAGCUGAGAUUCAGUGGAAGGAAAUGAUGGAGAACAUAUACCAAGGGGAGGAGAACAAAUUUAAGAACUGCUUGGCAGUGUGUAAUAUCACCUACGCCAUGAGCGCAGCAUCAAUCACAGAAUUGGCGGCAAGUUUGGGAAUUUUGGUGUCUGAAUUGAGUGAAGAGCCGGCAUGGAAAGGAAAGGUGAUCACUCUGGGUCCAUUGCGUGAUAAGCUGCCUCUGCUGCAUUCGAUACAAGGCAGUGAUCUCAAGUCCAGGUACGACUUUGUGAUCAGGGCAUGCAGCAACAGCUACAGCCAGGGUGUUGAUUUUGAUCAGGUGUGUGAUUUGAUUCUGGAAGUGGCUGUGAACAAUAACUUGAAGGCGGAGCAGAUGAUCAAGAAGGUGUUUCUGUUCACCGACUCCGUAAGAUUUGGUGGCUGCAGCACAUCCUGGAAGACUUUGUAUGAGGCAAAACGCAGCAAGUUUAAGGAGCAAGGUUACGGGGAUGAUGCGAUGCCACACAUUUUGUUUUGGAAUAUUUGGGACAUAGCGGGGUUUAUGCAUCGUGUAGAAGAACCUCAUCCAGGAGUGACCCUCUUGAGGGGAAACUCGAACACAUUGAUCAAGUCCUUCUUGGAUAAUGGUGGGGAAAUUAGCCGGCAUCAGAUCAUGGAAGCAGCCAUUGCCAACAAAGAGUAUCAAACUCUCUCUGUGGUCGACUGA